AACACUUUCGAUUAGACAUCGUACCCAGCGCCGCGAGAGGUCAGAGAUAAGAGUUCACAAAUCGCCUAAGUGACUAAGUCUGGCUGAUACUAAAUGGAGAAUAGUCUUAUCAGUCGUCCAGGACAGCCAAUGGGGGAGACCGAAUGCAUUCCAGUGGCCCUCGCCCCUGACCAAAACCCUUGGCUUUGUAGUGGAUUUCGGUCAAGGUUCAAGCCACUAACUUUGCGGUUUUGGGCUCCAACCGAGCGGGAAGUGGCAUUAUUGGAAGUCUUCCAGGAACCCUUCCCUUCCAUUCAGUUUUCUUUUCUCCGAACCGCCCGACCCAAGUACCGCCUCGGAUGAAACUCGCAUCGGGACCCUCAUCGGACAUUCUCAAUCACGUGUGCGCCAACACAUCCCGCCCGUCCACCUGCACACUAGGGCUUCACGCACAACAAGCCUACUCCGAUCAGAUACUUCAUACUCGUACUGCCACCUGCCUCCUCAACUGCUAUCUCAGAACUAACCAAGUCACACAGUACUGGGUACUGGGUUCUACAUGGUCCCAAUACCAGCCCUGUAUGACCACGCUUUUCUCACAUGAAAAGUUGCCACCCGACCGAAGAAGCACAACUGCAACCAUACGCCUAGGCUACUAGGAUCAGAUAGCAGCGUGCCUUUGCCAGAUACGAAGCCACCGAAUCUAAGUGACUUCAUUCCAAGCUUCUUAGUACUUGCCCCUAUCUCUUUAAGCCCAAGGCCAAUAAGACCAGCACUCUCGCACCGCAAAUAUACCGGAAAAGCAAAAUCAGCAGGACGGCCUCUCCGUGUCUCUUCGUAUUAGAAUAUCAAGACGCUCAUCAACUGAUGGAAUAUUAGAUUUGCCAGAUGUUGAGAUUAAUCAGGGAGAAAAACUGUAAUCAAAAGAACAACUCGGAAAUUGCCAGACAACGGAUUUCUCCUGGAUAGGAGACAAAACAUCACGCCGUCGAUGUUUAUUGAAAAGAAUUAUUGACACACGCUCUAAUUGUUUCGAGCGGUCAUUCCAGAACUCAUUGGUAGGUACCACAUUUAGCUGGGUGACGAGAUCAUCCACGAUCUCAUAGAUCUUUGGACGUUCCUAUUAGGACCAAGUGCCUAUCCAGAUUCACAGUCUGUCUGGAAACUUGAUGCGUCACCAGCAAAGAAUUGCGUGAAAGAAAACCGCGAAAGAUCAAAAUAUUGUGUUUGAAAAAACAGAGCGAAUGUUUUGGUUGCCCCCUUGGGGCAUCCUAAUUGAGGAACCCAAAACCCUGAGGUCAAUUUAUGCAACGUUGAGAUAUCAAUCGGUUCCAAUUGGGACUCUGUUGCCAGGAGCGAAAAGGGAAGAGAAACAAAAGAGAAGCCUGAAGGCAUUGCGAGCCUAAGGUUCAAUCACGAGGCUGUAACCAGCCUCGUCUCAGCGAACUUGACAGCCUCCCCCCAGCCUCACACUCUCAGAGCCUUGACCUUUGUGCGCCAAUUUCAGUAGAGUGUUGGGCUUUCCCUGGCUUUUAGUAUUACAGAGUCUUGCUCUGGCAGGUUUUUCGUGGCCCCCGCGGCUGUGAGCGCAGCGUGUAUCCUGCCACGUGGAAAUUGCUUGUGAGGAUACAGAUGCUAACCGACCCAGCCCCCAAACAAAAGCUUACCCCUUAAAUAGCCGAAAAGCCACAACAAAACAACAUCAUGGAUAACCAAACGCAGGAAGAAGUUGGAGAAAUGCAGGAUGAAGAGUAAGUAAAAAUCACUUGGUAGUUUUGAAGUAGUCUAUCAAUGGGUUGGUCUUUCAUAGUUAGGCGGCACUUUGCCUAAUUUGGAAGCACGUGGCUUUAUUUCCCUUUCCCUCUCCCAGGUCCCCUCCCGCCUUGAACCAAAACAACCUCCCAACUGCGUAAUACAGACCACCUUCCUCGAAACUAUCUGCUCAUACAAUACCAGGGCCAUGUAUCCUCCCAAGCGCAACUUCAAAGAGGUCGAUAUCGGCGCAUUCAACCGUCAAUAUUCUAAAGAACGCGUAAGGCAGCAAUUUUCCUUCGAGAUCACUGAAAGUUGACGUCCUCUAGUUUCCGCCAAAGGCUGGCUCUCCACCAGAGAGACCGGCGACUGCCAGAUGGAGAUUGAACUUGUGCGCGCUAUCUCAGAGAUUCAAUGUAAGUUUGGUUUGAAUAUCAUUGAACUAAUGCUGACAUCGAUCUCCAAAGCUGUACUUUGUGGUUUGCGGAGACGAAAUUCAUGUCACCACCCCAAAGAAUGUUAAACACAAGCUUCCAGGUCAACCAGAUGCUCGAAUCUCCAUUCCACAGACAGUUGGCGAGGGCAUGACGGAGGGCCAUAUUGACCAGGAGCAUCCACACUACGCUAAUCACAUCAUUUGUGGAGACUUGGGUACUGAGGAAAUCAUCCUCUUGUCUUGUGAUGACGGCGAUGUUGUCGCGUUCUACACAUUUGCCAUAUACAACCGAGUCAAAGCAUUGGGUAGAACGCUCGGUGAAAGCCCAGUUCUCGACAUCAAGCCGUAAGUUCCUUUUUCCCCUUCCUGCGCAAUCAUGCUAAGUCUAUUAGAUUAUUUCACUCCAAUGUUGGUAUCAGCGCAUGGGGCUUGGCGAUUCACCAGAAAUCUCGACUCAUUGCAGUCUCUACAAAUAGUCACGAGGUACAACUCUUCGGCUUUGCUACACAAUCGAAGUCUCCGCUGUAUGGCGAGGGGGGGGUUUAUGUCGAGACACAACUUUCAUCUGAACUAUUUGAAGAUCUCGGGCCAAUCUCACCAUUAUCAGCGGAUGAUCAAAGAUAUAAUGGCUAUAGAUUCGUAUAUCAAAUGGGCCAAAGAGCAAACAAUAUUCCGAGUAUCACAUUCGUAAGCAACGAAGAUGGGGAUGCCGAAUUGAUUCUUGCGUCAGACAUUGUUGGUCACUUGGUAAGCUUUCAGUCUAUGUUCCUCUCUACACGAAACGGUUCUAACUAUUCCUAGUGGCAAGUCAAGCUAUGGGGUACUCGAAGACAGGACCGCGCCGAGCUUCUCUCAGGUACUGGUCCCUAUGAUGGCGAAUGGUAAGUUAUCAAUUCUUUCUCCUACACAAUCGGAUCGUUGCUGAUGUUCCAGGGGCUGGUGUGUUCUGGUUUUGCCCAUUGAUUCCUUCAAAUGUGAGCCGACCCCACUAAAGGCCUUCGGAAUCGUUGAUCUAGUCAACGCGAUGACCUUCAUGGGCGACGACCAACGGGUAUUUGUAUACGUCAACGAGAGCGUAUACAGAAUCAUCGACCAAACUACCGGAAUCCGUAAGAACGUUCCAGGAAUGUUUCCGGUAGAGAAGUUACCAGCAGACGACUCUGAUAUCGAACAUGAUCAUGAUGAGGAGGAAACGACCAUGCCCAUCCGUAGUCCUACCCCCUACCCGUCUACAAGAGUCGAGGAAAUAGGAUUGAAAGUAAAGGAAGACGACCUAACACGCAAAAACGAGAUCUUCCGUUACAUGGUCAACGUCCUCCCUUCAGGAACCACCGAGGACGGAUCCUUUGAAACCUUCAUCCAAGACGCAAAGCUACGGAUCCUCGGCGAACCCUUCGAACUUCCCAAGACCGACGCCCAACUCACGGAGCCAGACCACACACCGGAGGGCCUGGAGGCCUCCAAAAAAAGACUCCCAAACGGCUGCGCAAUCCUCCGCACCUACAACCGCGCCAUCGAACUUAUCCCCCCCGUCCCCGGCAUCCCCAACACCAUCUUCACCUCCGUUCUCCAGCACCCCCUCGGACCCCGCCCUCCUCGUCCCGCGCACCUGGAGCGCAGCCACCGGCUCAACAUGUACGCCUUCAUCCCGGAGCUGAGCCUCGUCGUCGUCGCCAGCCAGGCGGGCGAAGCGGUCGUCAUCUCGCUUACCAAGCUGCCCCGCGGCUUCUCCAAGUGGGGCGAGGUGUGUCUGUUUCGUGUCGAGUAUUACCUGCCGUUUAUUCGGCAUCUGGCGCCUCCGGGCCAGAGAAGACCGCUUUUGGGGGUUGCGGCGUCGAGGGUGCCGGUUGCGGGGGGGUUUGGGGGGAUGGGUGGAUUAGGGGAGGGGGGAAGUGGGGAGAGGUGGAGGAUUUUGAUGCAUUUUGAGGAUCAUGGGGUUGUUAGUUAUGAGGUUUGGAGGGGGGCGGGGAGUAAUGUAAUGCUUGUUUGA